GUUUUCUUGUUUUCAUUGUAUAACCAGUUUAGUCCAAUAACCAAGUUCAUUCUUCUCAUCUUAUAUCAUACAGUUUGUACUCUUUCAUGUCUUUAGAAGGAAGAGGCUAUAUUGUUGGUAAUAAAUUCAAACUAGGCAAGAAGAUUGGUGCUGGGUCCUUUGGAGAAAUAUACCUUGGUACAAAUUUAUCCACAAACGAAGAUAUUGCAGUCAAGUUAGAAAGUACUAAAGCAACUCAUCCACAACUAGAAUAUGAAGCAAGAGUAUAUCGAUUACUGGCUGGUGGCGUAGGAAUUCCUUUUGUACGUUGGUUUGGCAAAGAAACUGAUUAUAAUGUCCUGGUUAUGGAUUUACUAGGACCAUCUAUGGAAGAUUUAUUUAACUAUUGCAAACGACGUUUUAGUUUGAAAACUGUACUUUUAUUAGCCGAUCAAAUGUUGGCACGUGUGGAAUUUAUACAUUCAAAAGGCUUUAUUCAUCGAGAUAUCAAACCGGACAACUUUUUAAUGGGAACAGCUCGACGUGGCAAUCAAGUAAAUAUGAUCGACUUUGGACUUGCAAAACGAUAUCGUGAUCCCAAAACAAUGACACAUAUACCCUAUCGUGAAAACAAGAAUUUAACUGGCACUCCACGAUAUGCCAGUAUUAAUACUCAUCUAGGCAUUGAACAAUCAAGAAGGGAUGAUUUAGAAUCUUUGGGUUAUAUUCUUGUUUAUUUUAGUUGUGGCCAAUUACCUUGGCAAGGCAUACGAGCUCGAACAAAAAAAGAAAAAUAUGACAAGAUUAUGGAAAAGAAAAUGACAACUUCACAUGAAUCAUUAUGCCGUGGAUUACAUACUGAAUUCACCAUUUAUUUCAACUAUGUUCGAUCACUUCGUUUCGAUGACAGUCCUGACUAUGCCUAUCUACACAAGUUAUUCCGUACUCUUUUUAUCCGAGAAGGCUUUCAGUAUGAUUAUAUCUUUGAUUGGACUCUUCGAAAAAUGCAUGAAAAACGAGUAACAGAUUCUCAAUCUAUUACAACGACUCCUACUUCAUCAUCUGCAGCACCACCAUUACUGCCAAGUACUCAAGCUUUACCUGGUGGUAAUUCUACCAUGCUUUACAGUAGUGGAUUAUCGACCCCACGACAAACUACAGCAGCACUUCCAUCUUCAUCUACCAACCAUCGAUUAUCAGCUGCAGCUCCUUAUCCUACAGAUCACAAAGUAUCCGAGGCAGCAAAAAGAAGAGACAACAUUUUGUUACAAUACCAACAACAACAACAACAACAACAACAACAACCUUUAUUACAACAAUAUUCUUCUACUCCCGUCAUUUCAACUUCAUCACCAUAUCAUUCAAUUCAACCAUCUCCUACGACUCAUCCAUCAUUACCAUCGUUACAACAACAACUACCUGAUGUAUAUAUGUCCAAUCCCUUUUGUACUAGUGGACUUGUCAUCAACAAUAAUAGUAAUCAUAGUGGCAGCAACAAUGGGGGUGGAAGGUUACUUGUUCGUGAUAAUCCAACAAACGGUGGUAAGUACAGAAAAAUGAUGGGUAGAAUGACGACAACGACGAUGAAUACUCAAAAUGCUGAUGCGUUAUCUCCUUCUGGUCUCCGGUUACUUCCAUACCCAAUUGAUACAGGUUCUCCAAGCAAUAGAAUAUUACGUAGUCAAAACAAAACGCCAAUAACUACAACCAUACCAUUUAACACUUCACCCGUUGUAUCAGCAAGCACUACACAAGUACAAACAAUCUCUCAUCCGGUGACCUACAACAAUAACAAUAACAAUGUCAUACCAAUGGCGGAAGAUCAACAAAAACAAUUCGCUACGCAACAAUUUCAUGUAGUCAAUCCUCCUGGACUUUAUGAUAACAUCAAUGGAUAAUGACAAUCUAGGUUUUUGAAUAUGUUUUUUUUUUAGUUUAUCACCCCGUUUUACUCAUUUGACACAUUUUUUUUUAAUUAUAUAUCACAAUGCACUUUUUCAAUCAUUUCAUACACACACACACACAACGCAAACACAUAUACACACACUUCAUAUUUUAUGCCAUUACUACAUUUCAUAUGUUACACAGCAAAAACAGACUAAAAAGAAAAAAAAAUUCAAUAAAGAAAAAAAAAAUA